AUGGUUCUCCAAGACUUAACACGGGCAGAGGUCUCCCGCCAUACACACAGCAACGAUGCCUGGACAAUUAUCAAUGGCGAUGUCUGGGACGUUACCGGCUUCGCUGAGACGCACCCUGGAGGUGAAGGUGUCAUUGAGGAGCACUACGGAAAAGAUGCUUCCGAAGUCUACAACUCCGUCCACGGCCCAAAGCUGGCAAUGAGCUCCUUUGGGGCCACCAAACUGAUGGGAAGAGUCCCAGAACUGGUGUCAGCUCAGGAUCAGGCGUCCUUGAGAAAUCCCAAGCUCGUUAAAGAUCUCCCGCCGCUUGAAUCCAUCAUCAACCUAGAAGACUUGGAAGAUGCUGCAAGAUCUUGCCUGAACGAACGAUCCUGGGUGUACAUCUCCGGUGCUUCUAACGACUGCUACACAGCGUCUAAGAACGCUGAGAUAUAUCAGUCCGUCUUUCUGCGACCUCGGGUCUGUAGACCUGUCAGUCAGGUCGACACGAGCACAACAAUACUGGGUCACCGCUUUGACGUCCCCAUAUUCAACGCUCCAGCGUCAUUGGCUAUGCUGACGCACCCGUCCGCCGAGAUUGGGCUGGCAAAAGGAUUAUCAGCGUCUGGAAGCACUAUUUCAAUGCCUACCCUUGCCUCUUAUUCGCUAGGCGAGGUUGUCGAUGCUCUACCCCAGAACCAUCCCUUCUUUUUCCAACUGUACAUUCCCCGAGAUUCUUCAGCAUUGACUAAGCUCUUGGGUGAGAUUAGUCGUGCUUCGCCAAAGGCUGUCAUCAUCACUGUGGAUCUGCCGGUCUUUAGUAAACGAGAGGCCAACGAGCGCUAUGAGAUGAGGAUGGUGAAAGAAAAGGGCGAGCCGAAGGUCACGAAGCAGAACAAGCAAUCUCGCGCAGCAAGCGCAGCAAUCAGCCCAGACGUUACGUGGACUCAGAUCCAAACCAUCAAGAGAAAGUUGGGGAUACCCAUCUUUGUCAAGGGGAUACAGUGUGCCGAAGACGCUAUGAAAGCCUUCGAAAGCGGCUGCGAAGGAAUCUACAUAUCGAAUCACGGCGGGCGCGGCAUCGAUACAUCGCAGCCAGCGCUUCUUACUCUGGCAGAGAUCAACAUCAAGUGUCCACAGCUCUUAUCUCAGAUGACUAUUUUCAUUGAUGGGGGAAUCCGCCGAGGCACAGAUGUCUUCAAAGCUAUCUGUCUCGGUGCUUGUGGAGUCUGUCUUGGCCGACCUUUCUUCUAUGCUCUUAUGUACGGUGAAGAUGGUGUGCAUCAUCUGAUGAACAUCUUACGAGAUGAGUUGGAAAAUGUCAUGCAGCUUUGUGGAAUCCAGCGCUUAAGUGAGGCUCAUCCGGGAUUGUUGAAUACCAAGGCUCUCGUGAACAUGAUUGAUACUGGCGAGAUGCUUAGGAUGAGGAGCAAAUUGUAA